AUGGUUGCAGCUAAACGUUCAGCACCCAAGGAAGAGACUGAUGUGGUAAUGGAGACAUCCAAAAUCAACGAUCAACUCGACGACAUGUUAUCCAACUCUGCUAAAAAGACCAGAAUUAUGUUUUCAACAGCUUACAGUCAAGCAGCCAUGGACGAACAAGAGAGUCAACGUGUCAAACUUACUAGCAAAAUCCACGACGAAUAUCAAGAUCUUCGCACACUUCCAGAGGCACUGAUUAAGCAGCAAAAGGAGGCAGCCAAAGCCCGUAUGAAGGCAAAGUCGACCACAGUAGAGGAAGUGACCAACGACGACGACAAUGAAAAGACAGCUGUUUCUCAAUUGAUCGAUUCUAUACCUGAGAAAUCCACAUUGGAUAAAAACGAAGGCGUUGUUGCUCUGCGCGGCAAAGAUCAGUUUACAAGCGACAUUUUUGGAGAUACAUUAGCCGGCAGUGGAUCACUUGUUCGUCGUGCUAGAGCAAAGACAAUUCGACCCGUCUGGCAUGCUCCUUGGAAGUUGAUGCGUGUUAUCAGUGGUCAUUUGGGUUGGGUACGUGCUGUUACUGUAGAGCCUGGAAACAAAUGGUUUGCUACUGGCGCUGGUGACCGUACAAUCAAGAUUUGGGACAUGGCAUCGGGCACAUUGAAGCUAUCACUUACAGGUCAUAUUGCUACGGUGCGUGGUUUGGAAGUAUCAUCAAGGCAUCCAUACUUGUUUUCUUGUGGUGAGGAUAAAAUGGUGAAAUGCUGGGAUUUGGAACAGAAUAAGGUGAUCCGUCAUUAUCAUGGUCAUCUCUCGGGUGUCUAUUCACUUAGUCUACACCCUACUUUGGACGUGCUUGUUACAUCUGGUCGCGAUGCCACUGCUCGUGUCUGGGAUAUGAGAACAAAGCAAGCUAUCCAUGUCUUGACUGGUCAUACAAGCACAGUAUCUGCUGUCAAAUGUCAAGAAGCAGAUCCACAAGUCAUCACAGGCUCUAUGGACAACACAAUUAGAUUAUGGGAUUUAGCAGCUGGUAAAACAAUGGGGGUCUUGACUCAUCACAAGAAGAGUGUUCGUGCACUGGCACUUCAUCCUACAGAAUUCGGGUUUGUGAGUGGUAGUGCGGACGCUGUCAAGGGCUGGAAGUGUCCUGAAGGCACCUUCAUGCAAAACUUUGAUAGAAAGAAGGCAAUCAUCAAUACAUUGGCUGUGAAUCAAGACGGUGUCAUCUUUUCUGGCGCUGAUGAUGGCUCUUUGAGCUUCAAUGACUGGAGAUCAGGCCACAACUUCCAAUCCAUGGAUACCACAGUGCAGCCAGGUUCAUUAGAUGCUGAAGCCGGUGUAUUUUGCAGUACUUUUGAUAAAACUGGAUCUCGUCUUAUCACUGGCGAAGCAGACAAAACCAUCAAGAUUUACAAGGAGGAUGAAAAUGCUGUUAAAGAUUCUGAUUUCUAUCAAUAA